AUGAAACAUGAACAAUCAGUUGAAAAUCUUGCUAGAACAAAUAGUUGCAAGACUAACAACAAGAUCAUCCCAGCAAAUUAUGUGAAAUUAUCGUCUCUUAAUCCAGAGACCUCUGAAGAAUUUCACCAAGGGCUACUUGUUCGGAGAAGCUCAACCGCCGCCUGCCACAGAGGUCGCUCUGGAUUCUCCGGGCUUCUUCGAUCACUCCUUCAGAUUAUCUCAUUCCCCACGAUUCUCCCCACGUGUAGAUGGCUAAAUAUUCCGACCCAACUGUCGAUAACACCCUCACUUGGCCGAAAAGUCACCGGGACUCUCUUUGGCAACCGGAGAGGCCAUGUCAGCUUUGCCGUCCAAGAUGACCCGAGAUCCGAACCUGUUUUACUCAUUGAACUUGCGGUUUCAACGUCAACCCUGGUGAAAGAGAUGUCUUCUGGGCUAGUAAGGAUUGCCUUGGAGUGCGAUAAAGGUCCACCGCCAUCUCGAGGCGGCCGGCCUCCGGUGAGGCUGUUCAAUGAGCCAAUGUGGACUAUGUACUGUAACGGUAGGACUUGCGGGUACGCUCUUUCACGCGCAUGCACAGAUUCAGACUGGCACGUGCUGAGCACCGUUCAGACUGUAUCAGUCGGUGCCGGAGUUAUUCCGGUUGUGGAUGACGGGCGGAAGAACGGUGCAUCUGAAGGUGAGCUGCUAUACAUGAGAGCUAGGUUUGAGCGAGUUGUGGGGAGCCGUGACUCGGAAGCUUUCUAUAUGUUGAACCCGGACGGCAAUGGAGGGCCGGAACUCAGUAUUUUCUUACUUAGAAUAUGA